AUGAAGAAAAUGCCAGGUUCACCAGAUAUCAGUAAAGACAAUAUUAUCAAUCAGUCCAGAGUUACAGAUACUACCAAUGACUCAAGUAUCAACCAGUCUUUAAGUAAGAGGAUAAAAAUAUGCAUUGAAUAUGAUCAUAGUCGUUCACGGCAUUAUAAAAUUGAUCCCGAUACAAUGAUGAGGAAAGUUCUUAGCAGAUUUUGCAGUGAUUAUCAUCUUGAUAUAAAUGAGCUUAAAUUUCUUGUUGAUGGAACACUUGUCAAGUUUAAUGACACACCAAGGGAAUUGGAGCUCGAAAACGGUGAUGUUAUAAGCGCUGUUGUGAGGCUUUAUGGUGGUUAA